UCGAGCCUAUGAACCGUCUGGAAGACAGGAUGUGUAAGAAACACGAACGACUUCUGGAGCUCUUCUGCCAGACUGAACAGGUGUGUGUGUGUCAGUUCUGCACAGAGGCAGAUCACAAGUCCCAUCCUGUUGUACCUCUAAAGGAGGAAUAUGAAGUGAAGACGGCCCAGCUGGGGAAGAUAGAGGCUGAAGUUCCGCAGAUGAUCCAGGAGAGAAAACUAAAGAUUAAGGAGAUCAAAGACAGAGUAGAACUGAGCAACAAAGACGCAGACAGAGAGAUAGCCCAUGGUGGGAAGGUCUUCACUGCUCUGAUAGGCUGUGUUAGAAAGGGCCGGAAUGAAUUCAACCAAACGGUUAAAGAGAAACUGAAAUCCACAGUGAAACGAGCUGAAGACCUCAUCAAAGAGCUGGAGCAGGAAAUAGAAGAUCUGACCAAUAGAAGCUCAGAGGUGAAGCGGCUCUCACACACUGAAGACCACCUCCACUUCCUCCAGGCCUUCAAAUCCCUGAAGGAUCCUCCACCCACCAGGGACUGGACCACAGUGGAGGUCCGUCCUCCGUCGUACCUAGGGACCUUGAGGAGAUCCCUGGAUCAGCUGGAUGAGACACUGAACAUGGAGAUGAAGAAGCUGCGUGAUGAUGCUGAACUGAAGAGGGUCCAGCAGUAUGAAGUAGAUGUGACUCUGGAUCCUGAUACAGCUCAUCCCCAGCUCAUCCUGUCUGAGAAUGGGAAACAAGUACGUGAUGGAGGUGUGAGGAAGAAACUCCCAGACAACCCUAAGAGAUUUACAAGCAUUAACCGGAGUGCAGGGUCCAUCUCUGUGACGUCGCGCUCCAAGGCCUUGGGUUUGCUGUCGAGCAACAAAAGAAGCCCCAAGCACUGACGUUAGCGGAGCUAGUUGUUCUCUUCUGACGUAAAGGGAUUCUGUUCAGUAAAUACCUGCCAUUCACCGGGAACCUUUGGAUUCUUCUGCUGCCCU